UGGAGAGGGGGACUAUGGGACUGAAGCCCACUGGACUCACUGUAGAGAAGAUGAUGUUUUAUCGGGCAGAAAGACAGUUUACUUUAGGGGUAAUUUGUCUUUUCGGACUUUACAUGGGUUGGAUUAAUUUUCGUCACUAUGAACAUAAUAAUCGACCCGUGGUACAACUUCAGGGAAUGGAGAAGAAGGAUAGUAGUGUGGAACAAUCUAACUUACGGCCCUCUCUCGGUGGAAGAUAUGAAGAUAUUCUGCAACUAUGCGGAGAACUAUGUGAUCUAUCUAAACCUAUAAAAAGGACAGCUGGAGACCUAUUGGGAAUGGGAACUGUAACAGCAAAGGUUGAUUGUGAAGCAGUGUUCUCUAGUGCUGAGAUAGAUCGUCCAAGUGGACAUCCUCCAAUGGCUUGGGAAACAAUACCCCACAAUCUACAGAAUGAAUUUUCCCACAAUGGACAAGUGGACAUUGUUUCUUCCUUUUUUGAUGAAACAAGUCAAGUAGUACAACAAGAAGCCAACGAUGUAAGAAUCUACACAAAAUCCUUUGUACAGAGCUACGUUGAUGGGUUUGUUGCUGGUACUCCUAAUGAUACAUACCCUGGCGCAAGCGAGAUGAUAAAUCAGGCCUUAAGCAAAAUUGAAGUGAAGGAAAAAACUGUGCUAAUUAUUGGAACAAUGACACCCUGGGUGGAGGCGGUGAUUAUUUCUAAACAACCAUCCCAAGUAAUGACGCUAGAGUACGCCACUUCAAAAAGUGAGUAUCCUGGACUUGAAUUCGUUACCCCAUUAGUAUUUAGGCAAAUGUAUAAAGAAGGAAAGCUGCCAGUUUUUGAUAUAAUUGUCACUUACUCCUCAGUGGAACAUUCAGGGCUAGGUCGCUACGGAGAUGCUAUAAACCCCUGGGGGGAUAUUUUAACUAUUGCAAGAGCAAGCUGUGUAACCAGUCCUGAUGCGAAGUUAAUUAUUGGAGUACCCACUACUGGAAAAGACAGAAUAGAGUUUAACGCCCACAGGUACGCGGACCCCUGCACCACAUGAACCCUGGCACUACCAACCUGUUUAUAUGUUUGAAAAAAACUUGUGAAAAUUAGAAUAUUUAAUGUUAUAAUUGUAUCCUUUGUUUCUUGUUUCUUGUUAG